AACCUUCAUUGAGAGACUCACCCACGGUAAGGGAUUGGGUAAUGGAUUGGGUUUACAUUUUGUUUAGAACCAAUAGUUCUGUAAUGGAAAUGUUUAGAACCAAUAGUUCUGUAAUGGAAAUGCUAGCAAGUUUGCUUGUUUUUAGUUUGUGGAUUUCUCGUGUAUAUUCUCUAUUGCUGAUUAUCCGGCUACUCGUGGGAGCUGUAAUGGAAAUGCUAACAUGUUCGCUUAUGCUUAGUUUGUGGAGUUUGUUGGUUUUUAGUCCGUGGUUGUGGCGUAGGUUUCUGGAGAUGAUGCCGUGGGUGAUGCGGUGGGCGAUUCUCACGCUAAUUAUCCGGCUACUCGUGGGGGCUGUAAUGGAAAUGAUGCUAACAAGUUUGCUUAUUCUUAGUUUGUGGAGUUUGUUGGUUUUUAGUCCGUGGUGGUGGCGUAAGUUUCUGGUGGAGAUAAGUUUCCGGUGCAGAACAGGAACGUGGAGAUUGGCUAACGCACGCAUGCCACAUUAGUUAUUCAUAGCAGAAAGUAGGAAUGUCCUUUGAAUUGGAUUCGAGUUACCCCAUUGAAUCUGGUUGUCAUUCUUGACAAGGAUGGGCUCCCCGCACCACCUUCUAUGUGGUCAAGCAUUUCUUGUUUUGUAGUUCUGUGUUUGUACUGUGUUUCUGAUGUGGUUGCUGUAUUUGAUUUUCACAUAUGCGUCUUUUGUUUCUGGGCCAAAAAUAAUAAUAAAAGAUCGAAAGCUUC